GGGGGAGCGCGGGGGCGAUGCCGUCUGAGCCUGAGCUGCUGCAGCAGCCGGGGAGAGAGGUCUUUGCUGUGAUCAGAAGGGGCAGAGCCCCGUGGGCAGCUGCACAAGCCAGGUCCGACUGAACGAGGAGGAGGAGGAAGGUGUAAACGCAGGAGCACAAGCAUCAUGAAGCCUUUGCCUCGUUGGGCACCUGGGGUGCUUCUGGCCUGGGGCUCUUUGUGCAUCUGCCUUGCUGUAUCAGAAGACACAGGCACGGAAGGUCUGAGUUCAACUUCCUUGGUGGAUUUCACAGCAAUAUCCCACUUAGAAUCUCUGGAUUCCAGUGAACAGACCAAUUUGGAGGUGUCUGAGUCAGACCUUGUUCCCAGUGCCCUGCAAGCUUCGCCUGGUUCGGGCUUUUCCAGUGAGGAGAAUGACGAUUCCAAGGUCCUGCAGUCCCAAUAUAUUUGGGACGAUGGUGGAGACAUCAAUGAUUCCAGCUUGUAUGCGGGACCAGCAUCAGAUUACAGUUUUCCACUUGCCUCCCAGAAGGCCUUGCCUGCAGGAAACAGGGCACAAGUCAAAGAUCCUCAAGAAAGGCCCACUUUCCAUCAGUCCCCUGAUUCUAUUGAGCCUGACUCUGAAGCACCUUCCACCAGCGUCCUUGAGGAAGAGGAAGGCUUGCUUCCUAUCAACCAAUCAAAGGGAGCUUCUCAGAUCAGCCAAAAAAUGAAGGUUACUUUUUCUGAAGCACCAGGGCAGGAUUCAUUGUACUCCAUCCUCUUCUCCACAACUGCCAGUAGAAUGAGUCCAGUGACUGAGGUGGUUACAGAAAAGCAAGAGGAAGAAUCUGCUCCUGAGCAUGCUUCCUCAGGCUUUGAUCUAGGGAGCAGCAUGGGACCUAGUCUAUUGCCUCUGUCCCCCAUUUUGUCAGCCACUACGAAAGGACCGCAGCUUGUCUCAGAGGUUCCUUUUAAGGUUACUUCGGAAAAUACAGUGGUUAUAGUAGGAGCAGGAGGGGAACUAGUAAAGACCACAGCAACAAUAUCUACAGUGGGAGCUGAUGUAAGAAAAGUGGAGACCACAACAAGUGGGGAGAGCCCAAAGCCCAUAGAAGGAGCUGGAAUUGGACAAGCUGAUUCCAUAGCAGGGACAGUGGCCAUAGAGGCCACAGAAAUGGCUGAAGAGGAGCAGAUGGGGGAAGAUCUUGUAAUAACAGGAUCUCAUGAGGACAGUACCCAAGUAACUGAGAAGAUUUCCAGGACUCCUAGCAGUGCAUCAAACCCCAGUUCUUCAGUGGGUUUCUGGGACUGGACUGAUGAGCCAGCUCCUACCCCUACUCCCAUUCAGAAUAUUACAAAGCUUCCAGUCUCAGCAACUGCUGCAGCAGAACACAGCUUUGCACCACAAACUGGAGACGUCCGCAUGGCUGGGCUGCCCACAGGAGUGCCCUGGAGUUUGACACAGGUGACCUGUAAGGACUGGAGCAAUCUGGCAGGCAAGAACUACAUAAUCCUGAAUAUGUCAGACAACAUUGACUGUGAGGAGUUCCGAGUGGAGAGGGGCCUCCAAUUGCUGGCACUGGUGGAGGAUGCUUUCUCCAGGUAUGAAAAUGGAUUGCAGGCCCAGUGGCUGAUCUCCCUAAGCAAACCCAAUGAGAACGACAAACAUCUACUAAUGACUUUGGCAGGAGAACACGGGGUUGUCCCAACGAAUGAUGUUCUCCUGGCACUAGGUGACAUACGGAGGAGCUUAGCUGAGAUUGGAAUCCAGAACUAUACGACUACAUCAAGUUGUCAGUCACGUCCUAGCCAGAGCCACAGUGAUUAUGGGAAGCUCUUUGUGGUGUUGGUCAUUAUUGGCUCCAUCUGUGUCAUCAUCAUUAUAAUGGGACUGAUUUACAACUGCUGGCAGCGGCGCCUGCCCAAGAUGAAGAACAUGUCACAUGGUGAGGAGCUACGGUUUGUUGAGAAUGGCUGCCAUGACAAUCCCACCUUGGAUGUAGCCAGUGACAGCCAAUCAGAAAUGCAAGAAAAGAAGCCAAGUGUAAAUGGCGGGGGAGCUGUUAAUGGACCUGAGAGCUGGGAUGUUCUCAUUAACAAGCGGGCAGGUGAAGAGGGAGAGGUGUUUGAGGAAGAUACACACCUUUAAAAGAGAAGACCGUGUAUCUGGAUGCACUCCCACUUGACUUAAGGGAUGUAUGGUGAGGGUGGCUCCUCAGGAACUUCUUUUUCAGGUUUGGAAUGGAUCUGCCCAUCAUGGUCCUGAGUCACCACCACAGUCCUGGAGCAAGAAAGGCCACCCUGUGCAGAGGGGGUGGGAUGGGGGUCGUGUUUGUGUGUUGCUGUCAGUAGCGCCAAUGCUUUAAUCACUUUUAAAUGCACUUGCUCUAGUUCUUUGGUAGAAGUGGAGGACAGCCAAGUUUGGGAAAUAAAUGGUAAUCAAGGCUUACCGUUGCCCCAGAGUGGUGUUUACUGCAAGUUUCAUCUUGGGGGCAGUAGGCCAGUUUCACACAGGAAGAGCCUAGUUCACAAUCUGUCUCAAAAGGUGCAAUAGGAGAAGCAAUGAGGAAAAACUCUGCAUAUUUCUUCUCUAGGCUUGGGGUGCAGUGUGUUAUGACAGCUUUGCAAUUUGCCAAUCAUUCUGACAAACUGUACCUUCUGGAGGGUGGCUUGCUGGACUUUCUGCUCAAGCUGCUAUGUGGUACAU